AUGAGUACAGUGCCUUCUACGACAUCAGCAAAGAGCAGAGUAACUUCUUCUAUUUCCAAAACCACAACACCAACUCCAGAGAGCGCAGUGUCCUCCACAUCUUCCCCAGAGAGCAGCACUUUGAAACUGGAAGAAUCGCUUGCGACCUCCCCCACAUCUUCAAUUCUGGAGAGAACAACUUUGAUUCCUGUAAGUGGAGAGAUCUCUACUACUGCCACUUUGGUUUCUUCCAUCUCACACCAAACAGAAUCUUUUAGUCCUCAUGGGAUGAGUAUGACGAGCUUGGGCACUUUCAGGACUUCUACACCUCCCACAAAUAUAAUAUCAACUUCUACUUCAGAGACAAGGAGAGCUGUUUCUCCCACUUCCGAACCUCCAGUGGCAUCUGAAUGUUUUACAGUCAACUUCACUACAAAGAAUGUGGUCUAUGAGCCACAGAUGAGUAAUCCCAAGUCAAUGAUCUUCAACACAACAGAAAAAGUCUUCAGGAAAUUGCUGGGACAGAUACUGAAGACCAGCAAGAUUGGUCCUGAUUUGAUCAACUGUAAUUUAUCAAUGUUAAGACCUGUGAAUCAGGGCAAGAACAUCGGAGUAGACAGUGUCUGCUGCUACCGUAAAACAGCUACUGCUCCCCCUUUUGAUCGAGUGAACAUAUAUCGUAAAUUCAUAAAUGAGACCAACGGUUUCACCAAGAUGAAGAAUUACAAGUUGGACCCAAACAGCCUUUUUGUUAAUGAUUAUCAUGAAGCACCACCUCAGACCACUCUUUCUCCAACCUCCAAACCACCAGUGGCAACCGAAUGCUUUACAGUCAACUUCACUGCGACCAAUUUGAUCUAUAGGUCAGAAAUGGCUAAUCCCACAUCAAGGAUUUUCAGCACAACACAACAAUUGUUCGUUAAUUUGCUGGGACAGAUAUUGAAAACCAGCAAGAUUGGUCCUGAUUUGAUCAACUGUAGUUUAUCAACCUUAAGACCUGUGAAUCAGGGCAAGAACACCGGAGUAGACAGUGUCUGCUGCUACCGUAAAACCACUACAACUCUUCCGUUUGAUCGAGUGAACACAUACCACAAAUUCCUAAAUGAGACCAACGGUUUCACCGAGAUGAAGAAUUACAAUCUGGAUCCAAACAGCCUUUUUGUUAAUGAUUAUCAUGAAGCACCACCUCAGACCACUCUUUCUCCCACCUCCAAACCACCAGUGGCAACCGAAUGCUUUACAGUCAACUUCACUGCGACCAAUUUGAUCUAUAGGUCAGAAAUGGCUAAUCCCACAUCAAGGAUUUUCAGCACAACACAACAAUUAUUCGUUAAUUUGCUGGGACAGAUAUUGAAGACCAGCAAGAUUGGUCCUGAUUUGAUCAACUGUAGUUUAUCAACCUUAAGACCUGUGAAUCAGGGCAAGAACACCGGAGUAGACAGUGUCUGCUGCUACCGUAAAACCACUACAACUCUUCCGUUUGAUCGAGUGAACACAUAUCACAAAUUCCUAAAUGAGACCAACGGUUUCACCGAGAUGAAGAAUUACAAUCUGGAUCCAAACAGCCUUUUUGUUAAUGAUUAUCAUGAAGCACCACCUCAGACCACUCUUUCUCCAACCUCCAAACCUCCAGUGGCAACUGAAUGCUUUACGGUCAACUUCACUGCGACCAAUUUGAUCUAUAGGCCAGAGAUGGCUAAUCCCACAUCAAGGAUUUUCAUCAUAACACAACGACUCUUCGCUAAUUUGCUGGGACAGAUAUUGAAGACCAGCAAGAUUGGUCCUGAUUUGAUCAACUGUAGUUUAUCAACUUUAAGACCUGUGAAUCAGGGCAAGAACACCGGAGUAGACAGUGUCUGCUGCUACCGUAAAACUACAACACUCCUUUUUGAUCGAGUGAACACAUAUCAUAAAUUCAUAAAUGAGACCAAUGGUUUCACCAAGAUGAGGAAUUACAACCUGAACCCAAACAGCCUUUUUGUUAAUGAUUAUCAUGAAGCACCACCUCAGACCACUCUUUCUCCCACCUCCAAACCACUAGUGGCAACUGAAUGCUUUAUGGUCAACUUCACUGCAACCAAUUUGAUCUAUAGGCCAGAGAUGGCUAAUCCCACAUCAAGGAUUUUCAGCACAACACAACGAUUGUUUGUUAAUUUGCUGGGACAGAUAUUGAAGACAAGCAAGAUUGGUCCUGAUUUUAUCAACUGUAGUUUAUCAACUUUAAGACCUGUGAAUCAGGGCAAGAACACCGGCGUAGACAGUGUCUGCUGCUACCGUAAAACAGCUGCAGCUGCUGCUUUUGAUCGAGCGAACAUAUAUCACAAAUUCAUAAAUGAGACCAAUGGUUUCACUAAGAUGGAGAGGUACAACUUGGACCCAAACAGCCUUUUUGUUAAUGAUUAUCAUGAAGAAUCACCUCAGACCACUGUUUCUCCCACUUCCAAACCUCCAGUGGCAACUGAAUGUUUCACACUCAACUUCACUACAAAGAAUUUGAUCUAUAGGCCACAGAUGAGUAAUCCCAAAUCAAAGCUCUUCAGCUCAACACAAGGAGUCUUCAGUAAAUUGCUGGGACAGAUAUUGAAGACCAGCAAGAUUGGUCCUGAUUUGAUCAACUGUAGUUUAUCGAUGUUAAGAUCUGUGAAUCAGGGCAAAAACACCGGAGUAGACAGUGUCUGCUGCUACAGUAAAACUGCUACUGCUCCCUCUUUUAAUCAAGUGAAUAUAUAUCAUAAAUUCAGAAAUGAGACCCAUGGUUUUACCAAGAUGGAGAGGUACGACUUGGACCCAAACAGCCUUUUUGUUAAUGAUUAUCAUGAAGCACCACCUCAGACCACUGUUUCUCCCACUUCCAAACCUCCAGUGGCAACUGAAUGCUUCACACUCAACUUCACUACAAAGAAUUUGAUCUAUAGGCCACAGAUGAGUAAUCCCAAAUCAAAGCUCUUCAGCUCAACACAAGGAGUCUUCAGUAAAUUGCUGGGACAGAUAUUGAAGGCCAGCAAGAUUGGUCCUGAUUUGAUCAACUGUAGUUUAUCAACAUUAAGACCUGUGAAUCAGGGCAAGAACACCGGUGUAGACAGUGUCUGCUGUUACCGUAAAACCGCUACUGCUCCCCCUUUUGAUCGAGUGAACAUAUAUCACAAAUUCAUAAAUGAGACCAACGGUUUCACCAAGAUGGAGAGGUACAACAUGGACCCAGACAGCCUUUUUGUUAAUGAUUAUCAUGAAGCACCACCUCAGACCACUCUUUCUCCAACCUCCAAACCACCAGUGGCAACUGAAUGCUUUACUGUCAACUUCACUGCGACCAAUUUGAUGUAUAGGCCAGAGAUGGCUAAUCCCACAGCAAGGAUUUUCACCAUAAUACAACGACUCUUCGCUAAUUUGUUAGGAGAUAUAUUGAAAAGCAGUGACAUUGGUCCUGAUUUAAUCAACUGUUAUUUAUCAACAUUAAGAUCUGUAAAUCAGAGGAAGUACACUGGAGUAGACAGUGUAUGCUGCUAUCGUAAAGCUGCUACAGCCCCCCCUUUCGAUCCAAUCAAUAUAUAUCAGAAAUUCAUAAAUGAGACCAACCAUUUCACCAAGAUGGGGAGGUACAACCUGGAUCCAAACAGCCUUUUAAUUAAUGGAUAUUCACCAUCUACAACUGAUUCAGCUCCAGAUCUAGUAAGCUAUGAGCUUGGUUUCAAAAUUAUCAACAACAACCUGACCAAUACAAAUCCAUUAUCACCAGAAUAUAAGCAAUUGAUGGGUUCCAUCAGUAACGAGUUGAAUCAACUCUUCCACCAGAGUUCCAUCAGCGAUGGAUUCAAAAUUUGUGCUGUAACUAAAUUAAGAAUUGGUUCCAUCAUAGUUGAUUGCAAGUGUUAUUUCCAUCCUGCAAGGAAUAUCAGCAAAGACACCGUCAAAAAUGUCUUUCAACAAGAGACCCAGAAUGCCACCUCUCAGUGGCUGGGUAACAGGUUCCAAGUUAUGGGCUUCACCAUUGAAGUAACCAAUCAGCCCACACACAUGCUAAAGUUGAAGAACUUCACUGUAAAUUUCACCAUUAUCAACUUGCCAUACAAGGACAUGAAGGAUCCAAAGUCAGAAGUUUAUCAGAAAACGAAAGCGAGCAUCAAGGAUGAGCUCAACCAUGUAUAUCAACGCAGUGAUCUGAACAAGAGUUUUGUGGGCUGUUCUGUAAAAAAUUUGAGGUGCGUUUUUAAACAGAAUGCGACGCUAAUUGAGUAUCCAGUCCACAUUGACAAAUCUAUUUGUUGUUUGUAUUUGCUACUGCCACUACUGUUCUAA